AGAGCGAGACAGCCGGGAGAGAGCGAGACAGCCGGGAGAGAGAGCAGGACUUAGUCUGAUCACCGGUCACCAUCUCACUAAACCAUGACAAGGUAUUACACGCGGAUUAAACGUCGCCGACAGUACAGCUGGCUUGGAAUACCACUUAACAAGGACAGAAAAGUACAGAACGUUCAAUAUGGGGGACUUUCUAUCAAGUCAGAUGCUAGUGAGGAAGUCACUGUAACCCCAGGAGACUUUGUUCUAAUAGAAGGUGAUGAUGAAGAAAGGCCUUUCGUAGCAAAACUUAAAGAACUCUAUGAUGAUGGUUCUACCAGUGGUUCGAAUAAACAUGCCACAGUACAGUGGUUUUUGCACUAUGAAGAGGUUCCUUAUAGGAAGAGGAAAAUGCUUGGGAGAGAGCCUGAUCCACGAGAAAUCUUCCUCUAUGAUGUUGCUUGUGAGAAUGACAUUGAUGCAGAAACUAUUAUUGGAACAGUUCAGGUUUCACAGCUGAAAGUGGAGGAACCAUUUCCUACUCAGAAGAGCCCAGUACCUGUUCUCUUCUUUAAGUUGUCUUGGGAUGGUAAAGCGUUCAGAGCCUUAACAUCUAGCAUAUGCAUGGGAGAUGAAAAGCAAAAUGGAAUAAAUGUACCCAUAUCUCUGAAAUCCAUGCCAAUGCCACAGUUCUACCCUCUGGAGGGAGAUGUUGCUGAGACACGUCAAAUCACUCAAAGUUCCUCUAAGCCACAAAGAAAUGAAACAGCAGUAGAGUCCGUGCAUUCAGCCUCUAAGAGCUCUCAUUCCAAGGACCGAAGGGCUCAACGAGCUUCCAGCACGUCCAGCACCCCUGGAGCCAGGAAAAAACUGCAACUCAACAGUCCAACAAAGUCUUCAAAUGCCAAGCCAAUUCACCUGGACGUUUUGAUUGAUGACAAUGAAUUGAAGGUUCGUGAACCCACUGCUCCUAAGAGAAAGGUUGCAUUCAGUGGACUGCCCGACUCCCCACCAAAAAGGGCCCUUUCCGAAGAUACAUCCAAGAUUAUUAUACCAUUAAAAACCAACCAGGAAGGACAAAAACUAAGCCUCAGUGUGAGACUUACACCACUAAAGCACGCAUUAAAUGAGGAACAAGGGGCUGAUAAAGUUAUGGGUACAGAUGUGGAUGGAAUUACCAGGAUUACGCGGUCUAAGACACCACAGAAGGUGCUAUCCACACAAGAAAAAUAUUUGCCCCAGCUCUCUAAAAGGUUAGGAGAACAGAAGGAUAACGACACUCCACGUUCUCAGAGAAAAUCUGCUCGUGAAAGUUCCCUCCGAAUCCGUAAACAGCUAAAUGAAAUGGCAAACCGUGAUGGAGAAGACCAUGAUGAGGAUGACGACUUAUUCUCUAUUGAAGAUCAGUGUGUGUUAGUUAGCAGUGGUGAGAGUGAGGAGGAGGAGAAGGAAGAGACAACUUCUCCCAAAAGAUCAAGAACACGGAGAACAGUACCCAGAACACCAACUUCAUCCCGAAAAACGCCUGCAAGGACCCCAAAUAAAACGCCUGUAUCCAGAACACCUCAUUCUGCAACUCCCAGAAUUCCAGAGAGGAACCAGCCUGUACAGACACCUGCCAAUGUUUUAGAAGAGGCCAGGAUUAGGUUAGGAGAACAGAAGGAUAACGAUACUCCACAGACUCCACGUUCUCAGAGAAAAUCUGCUUGUGAAAGUUCCCUCCGAAUCCGUAAACAGCUAAAUGAAAUGGCAAACCGUGAUGGAGAAGACCAUGAUGAGGAUGACGACUUUGUCCCUAUUGAAGAUAAGCGUGUGUUAAUUAGCAGUGGUGAGAGCGAGGAGGAGGAGGAGGAGGUGGAGGAGGAGAAGGAAGAGACAACUUCUCCCAAAAGAUCAAGAACACGGAUAACAGUACCCAGAACACCAACUUCAUCCCGAAAAACGCCUGCAAGGACCCCAAAUAAAACGCCUGUAUCCAGAACACCUCAUUCUGCAACUCCCAGAAUUCCAGAGAGGAACCAGCCUGUACAGACACCUGCCAAUGUUUUAGAAGAGGCCAGGAUAAGGCUCCAUGUCUCUGCUGUGCCAGAAUCUCUGCCCUGUAGAGAACAAGAGUUCCAAGAUGUGUAUAGUUUUGUGGAGAGCAAGCUGAUGGAUGGCACAGGGGGGUGUAUGUACAUUUCAGGAGUCCCAGGUACAGGGAAAACUGCCACUGUGCACGAGGUAAUCCGUUGUCUGCAACGAGCUGUGGAAGAGGAAGAAACCUUACGCCCCUUCCAGUUCAUAGAAAUCAAUGGCAUGAAACUGACCGAUCCUCAUCAGGCUUUUGUGCAGAUUUUAAAGCUCCUUACUGGACAGAAAGCCACAGCUGAGCAUGCAGCAGCCCUGCUUGAGAAGCGUUUCAGCACAUCUGCCUCUAAAAGAGAGACCACAGUGCUGCUAGUAGAUGAGUUGGAUUUGUUGUGGACCAGGAAACAGAAUGUCAUGUACAGUUUGUUUGACUGGCCAACUCGAAAACAAGCCAAGCUGAUCGUUCUUGCAAUUGCCAACACCAUGGACCUACCGGAGAGGAUCAUGAUGAAUCGUGUUGCAAGCAGACUGGGUCUCACCAGGAUGUCCUUCCAACCCUACACACACAAGCAACUGCAGCAGAUCAUCACGUCUCGACUUAAUCAUGUCAAAGCAUUUGAUGAUGAUGCAAUCCAGCUGGUUUCCCGAAAGGUGGCAGCGUUGUCUGGCGAUGCACGCCGCUGUCUGGAUAUCUGCCGCAGGGCCACCGAGAUCUGUGAGUUCUCCUGCAAGAAGGAGAAGUCGUCAAUCGUAAGGAUGCCACAUGUGAUGGAAGCCCUGGAUGAAAUGUUUUCUUCACCAUAUGUCAUCGCAAUCAGAAGCUCGUCGGUCAUGGAACAAACAUUUCUCAGAGCUGUGAUUGCAGAGUUUCGAAGAUCUGGACUUGAGGAGGCCACAUUCCAAAAAGUAUAUUAUCAAAACAUUGCUCUGUGCCGCAUAGAAGGUAUGCAGCCACCUUCUAUGUCAGAAACGAUGGCCGUGUGCCUAAGGCUUGGGGCAUAUCGUCUCCUUCUAGUGGAGUCUAGCAAAAAUGACUUGCAUAUGAGAGUGAGGAUCAACGUGAGCCAAGAUGAUAUUAUGUAUGCCUUGAAAGAGGAGUGAUCUGCAAUGUUCUAAUGUCCUAGUCUUGUCUUCUAUCAACUGGUUUCAAUGCAAACAAACCUUGUAUAUACUACCCAACUCUACAAGAACUUUUAAGUAAUUUAUAAUAAAGUUUUCUCUGUA